AUCAGUUCUCCACACUGACUGAUGACGAGGUGACCGUGUUAUUCUGUUUUCUGUGUUCUGACUCCGGUCCUCCUGACUUCAAUGACACAGAGUGGCUGGACUUGCUUAAUGAGAUACGACAGAGAGUGUACCGUAAAUAUAACCCUGUAACACGUGGGGAAGCACAGAAGACUCUGGACAGACUGAAGUCAUGUGAUUAUCUUUGGGAAGAUCGGGACAAGAUAAAGAAGGAGACAAAGGAUGAGACGAUGUAUAGGAUAGCAUCAAUAAACAGAGAUAUACCAUUCUGGAACAGUAGUUAUGACACAGCCAGUGUGUACCUGAGAUCACAGAUAUACAACAGAAAACCUGGAGAUAAGUGUGUCAGAAGUUUUAAUAGCAUCCUUGAUUCUUUAUUGAUACACCGUCUACAGAUGAAUAUACUGACUCACGUCACCAUGGAGGACAUGAGUAUUUAUAAUGAGAUACACCAGAUAGUGAAUGUUUCAAUAAAUAUCCUAAAGGACAGUGAAAAUAAAAAAGCAAAAUUAUUAACGGAUCUAAAAAGAGAAAGGGAGAAAGUAUAUUACAGAGGAAGAUCACAUAAUAGUGUAGAUCACGUGACGUGGCUCUGGAGAUACGGGUUACUAGCGAGACCUGACAUCGUGAGAUCCUGUAUAGGUCUACAUCCACACUGGGAUAUUUACAUCAUCGACAACAAAGCUUACAGAAAACCAAGUAAGAAAAUAGAUAUUUUAAAGUUUUAUCUCGAUUUAUGA